UGUAGCAAAAGAGAAAGUAACUAUGUUGCUGCUGGAGAUCAAUGAAGCCAAGUGAAUGAGGGCUGAAUGUGCGAAUCCACAGCCGAAGCGGAGCGCCAGAUAGUGGAGGGUUACACUUAUUUAUGAAACUGUCUUGAGUUCUUCUUGAAUUGCCAGUUUUCAGCCUCCUCAUGCCUCCGUCUCCUUUAGACGACAGGGUAGUGGUGGCACUGUCUAGGCCUGUACGACCUCAGGAUCUCAACCUUUGUUUAGACUCUAGCUACCUUGGCUCUGCCACCCCUGGCAGUACCAGCCACCCUCCUGUCAUCGCCACCACCGUUGUGUCCCUAAAGGCUGCGAAUCUGACGUAUAUGCCCUCAUCCAGCGGCUCUGCCCGCUCCCUGAAUUGUGGAUGCAGCAGUGCCAGCUGCUGCACUGUGGCAACCUACGACAAGGACAAUCAGGCCCCAACCCAAGCCGUUGCCGCCGGCACCACCACCACCACCACCAUUGGAAGCUCUACCACCUGCCCGGCCAACCAGAUGGUCAACAACAGUGAGAACGCAGGCUCGCUAAGUCCACCAGGUGGGGUGGGCAGCCCUGUGUCAGGGACCCCCAAGCAGCUAGCCAGCAUCAAAAUAAUCUACCCCAAUGACUUGGCAAAGAAGAUGACCAAAUGCAGCAAGAGUCACCUGCCGAGCCAGGGCCCCGUCAUCAUUGACUGCCGGCCCUUCAUGGAGUACAACAAGAGUCACAUCCAAGGAGCUGUCCACAUUAACUGUGCCGAUAAGAUCAGCCGGCGGAGACUACAGCAGGGCAAGAUCACUGUCUUAGACUUGAUUUCCUGUAGGGAAGGCAAAGACUCUUUCAAGAGGAUCUUUUCCAAAGAAAUUAUAGUUUAUGAUGAGAAUACCAAUGAGCCGAGCCGAGUGAUGCCCUCCCAGCCACUGCACGUAGUUCUCGAGUCCCUGAAGAGAGAAGGCAAAGAACCUCUGGUGUUGAAAGGUGGACUUAGCAGUUUUAAGCAGAACCAUGAAAACCUCUGUGACAACUCCCUCCAGCUCCAAGAGUGCCGGGAAGUGGGGAGCGGUGCGUCCGCGGCCUCGAGCAUGCUACCUCAGUCCAUCCCCAGCACCCCCGACAUUGAGAAUGCAGAGCUGACGCCCAUCUUGCCCUUCCUGUUCCUCGGCAAUGAACAGGAUGCCCAGGACCUGGAUGUGAUGCAGCGGCUGAACAUUGGCUACGUCAUCAACGUCACCACUCACCUACCCCUGUACCACUACGAGAAAGGCCUGUUCAACUACAAGCGGCUGCCUGCGACUGACAGCAACAAGCAGAACCUGAGGCAGUACUUUGAAGAGGCUUUUGAGUUCAUUGAGGAAGCUCACCAGUGUGGGAAGGGGCUGCUCAUCCACUGCCAGGCUGGGGUGUCCCGCUCUGCCACCAUUGUCAUCGCUUACUUGAUGAAGCAUACGCGGAUGACCAUGACUGAUGCUUAUAAAUUUGUCAAAGGCAAACGACCAAUUAUUUCCCCAAACCUUAACUUCAUGGGGCAGUUGCUGGAGUUUGAGGAAGACCUAAACAACGGUGUGACACCACGAAUCCUUACGCCAAAGCUGAUGGGUGUGGAGACGGUUGUGUGACAAUAGUCUGGCUGGAAAGGAUGACUGUUCUCCAUUAGGAGACGAAGAGGAAGGAGGAUGGAUUCUUUCUUUUCUUUUUUUCUGUCUUUUUUUUUUUUAGAUGGGGUAAAGUUUGUGAAUGGAAACAAACUUGUUUAAAACUUUUUAUUUUUAACAAGUGUGAGAAGAAUUUAACUUUUGAUGCCGUUGAGAUUUACUUCCCGCCAACUGACAAAGCAGGGAGGCUAAAGACGUAAUUUUUUUAAGUCAACAAUAAAAAUGUAACAAAAUUUGUUUCUUCCCCUUUUCCUUUUAAGCUAUUUGUAGAGUUUACGAUUAACUAGUCUGUGCAGGUUCAUAGACCGAAGAUACUACACUUUAAACCAAUUAAAAAGAACCCAAAGUACGUAGAAAAGACGUUGAAUCAUGAAGACCUGGGAUCUGCCUGGGCUGUCCUUACGAAAACAAAAAACCCAACCAAACCAAGCCCUGCUGUGCUCACUGGUGCAAAGAGAUGAUCAGGGCAGCUUAAGUGGUCUAAGAACCCUUCACAUUCUUUAAAGAGACAAAGGAUACUGUUGAUUUUGUGUGUUUCGUACUCUGGAUUACUUUUUCCCCCUCUCCGGGUUUAAGAGAUUUUUUGAAAUAGCAAGGAACUGACCAUUAUACCAUAUGCCUUCACUGGCUUCUUGUGCAAUAAUAUGGUGUUUUGAGUGUGCAAGUGAGUUAGAGCUGGCAGCUGAAUGAUAGACAAAUAGUGCAAAGUUGCCAGCUUGGAGAUGGAAAGGAAUUAAACAAAACCAAUUACUUUCUUUCCCACCUUUUUCCUUUGUUUAACUUUUUUUUUUUGAUUUGAUUCUGGUUACAGUGCCAUAAACCUUGUUACAUAUGUAUAUCAGAAUGUAAAAAAAAAAAAGACAAAAAUUUAUUUAAAAAUAUUUUUCUCAAAAAAAACUUGGUGUGUUUCUG